UGUUCAGUCUCAGUGCGACAAAUGUCCCGUAGACAUUGGGCCCAUGCUGCCCAAAAAUCCAAGAGCAACUUGUGUUCAUUUUCGUCUGUUGCACCUCAUAAUCACUUCAGGCUUCCUGUCACUGAAAUCUGCCUUCUUUCUCGUGAUUCUUGAGGAGGACAAGUUUCUCAUCCACUGUGCCAACCCACGUGAAUAUGGAUAAAUACGAGACAGCCUCCCACCGUGAAUAAAACCAAGAAAUGUUCGUGGGGGUUGUAAAGAGCAGCCUGGCUGGGAAUGGACGCACGAGACAGCCCACUUGCACCGAACACAAGGUCCCUCCAGCGAGUUAUACACGCUCCGCUUGAGCCCACUGCGCGUCUUGUCCCCGCCCUCCGACGAAGCACAGCAUCCGUCCUCAUCCACGCCGCGUGAUGCCCCUCACAUCCACGCAGAGCAACCCAUGGAAUAGUAGUAGCCGGAGUAGUAGGAGUACGGGAGUGCUCUUCACACCUUCCUCUUCUUUCAUGGAUUCGCCGUUUUUCGGGAAUAUUGCUCCAACCCAUCGCGGGUGAGGUGUUGUGAAUCCUGAGAGGAGAGGGCUCCUGAGGGGGAGACAAGAUGGCGUCCAACCACAUCCUACGAAGCUACUCCAUCAUUCCGUGUUUCAUCUUUGUAGAGCUUGUUAUCAUGUCUGGCACGGUGUUGCUGGCCUACUACAUGGAGUGCACAGAUCUUUUCAGCGUACACGUGCAAGGCUUCUUCUGCAACGACGCCGAAUUAAUGAAGCCGUACCCCGGGACGGAGGAGGCUAGCUUUGUACCCCCACUCAUCUUGUACUGCGUGGUGGCCGCCGCUCCAACCGCUAUUAUUUUCGUUGGGGAGGUGUCCAUGUACGCCAUGAAAUCCACACGGGAAUCUCUCUUGGCCCAGGAGAAGACCAUCGUAACUGGUGACUGUUGUUACCUCAACCCUCUUGUUCGCCGCGUCAUACGCUUCAUCGGUGUGUUUGCGUUUGGCCUGUUUGCCACAGACAUUUUCGUCAAUGCGGGCCAGGUGGUCACGGGUGGUCUCUCGCCCUACUUUCUGUCCGUGUGCAAGCCCAACUACACCGGCAACGAAUGCCGUUUGAACCAGCAGUUUAUCACAAACAGCAACAUCUGUACCGGCAACCCCAUAAUUGUCGGGAAUGCCCGCCGCUCUUUUCCAUCCAAAGACGCCUCCCUGAGCGUUUACUCUGCUGUUUACCUGACGAUGUACAUCACCAGUACGAUCAAGACCAAGUCCAGUCGCUUGGCCAAGCCUGUACUUUGUCUGGGCACUCUCUGUUCAGCCUUCCUCACUGGACUCAACCGGGUUUCAGAGUAUCGAAACCACUGUUCAGACGUGGUGGCUGGAUUCAUACUGGGAUCAGCGGUUGCACUUUUUCUGGGUGUGUGCGUGGUGAACAACUUCAAAGGCGUCCACGGUGCCACGAGCAAACAGAAGAGCGAAGAUUACCGCGGCCUCCCCCUGAUGACUUUCCCUCGCGUCGAGAGUCCUCUGGAGACCCUCAGUGCACAGAACCACUCGGCAUCAAUGACGGAGGUCACAUGACUAAGGGGGCAGCACCGGGUCACGUUUGCGUCUCCGCAGCACUUCCAGACACAAUGAAGGACGCAUGUCACGUGACUUCGAUUGCUUACCAAAAUCAAAGCCUGAUCUAUCUGUCUAGUUCACCCCCCACCCCCCUCCCCCGGCGGGACGAAAUCCACCAUGUUUUGUGAUGGGCAUCCGUGUUACAAAACAAACGCAAGCACAGAUUGUUUUUCUUCAUAACAACUCAUUGGGGCAUUUAUGUUCCUCCGAGGUGUUCUGUUUUUCGUUGGAGGUUGGUGUUUUUGCACAUUUUGUAUGAGCGAUUGCAGUUUUCUCGAGCCUGACAGCGUUCCGCCUGCACACCUCUGUGUUGCAUCGCAUCCUGUCAGGUGACUUCCCUACGUUCACCACAUCCCCGUCCAGUCCUGUCCCCAUCAGUCUGAAAAUGUGCUAUCAAACACGAGCAAUGUGGAUGUUGUCAUUCUGUGAUGUUUGUCAUUUGUACAGAAAAAAAAGAGAAAGAGAAUCGUUCUUUUUUUAUUAUGGUUGUAUAUGAAUUGACCAAGUCGGGUCGAAUUUUGUAAAGAUUUUUUGUUAAUCUGUACUAUUACAGUGCUGGAUUACCAGCAAUGUGUAUGUCGCGACGCGGUAUCCCUAAAAAACUCAACAUCAUUUCAUAUUCAAAUAAUAUCUCAAUAAAUGGCCUAAAAUUUUAACGAUCUGUGUCAAAACAAACAUGAAGUUCAAAGUGAGACAUGAAAUUACCGUAUGUUACCGAUGUCUUUUUUUUUUUUAGGGACCCUUUGGAAGUGUUCACUUUUAAAUGUAUCUGGAUUCUGGUUUUGUUGAUCGGAUUUUCUUUUCGGAGAGGUUCUGCUGGGCUCGCGAGUGCCAGACCACUCCGAAACGAAAUCCCAGUCUGUACACUGUAGAAACAUGUUUUGGGAGAGUAAAUGGCUUGCUCUAAGAACUGGCUAAGCCCUUUUCAAAAAUUGUGAACCAGGCUAAUGACCUUCUUCACCUUUCCUUCUCGAGGUGUCCCUCCCACACCCACCAAUGGAUUGUGAUGCAAUGUUGUGACUCCAUUUCCUCUUGGAAGAAAAACGCCCAGCAUGAAGAGCGAAGUCAAGAUGUUUUAUAAAUAUUCAGGAUUUGAAUUAUACGCUUCAACAUUGUGAUUAUCAUUGUAUUUUAUGAUGUUUCAAAGGAACUCGUUUCAUUUCAAAAUGCUGCAUAUUAUUUUAUUUUCAUUGUUUUGUUCUCAAAUGAAAUAGUCUGUAGCAACA